GUGUCCAGAAGUACGAUGUUACUUCCGUCAGUUUGUGUCCUUGUUGUGGUCUAUUUGAUGUUACUUGGAGGAUCGUCAACAGAUGGCACCAGCAGAGAAUCUAAAAUCCUUAAAAAAUGGAAAAGCAGCAGUGACACAGAAGGAACAAUAGACAAGGAAAGGGAACGUAGAGAUGAAAACAUCGCGAAUACACAUAUACGUAUUGAAAGGGCUGGAGAUUCUAAACAAAAUAAGUUAAUCAGACGAAAGUCAAAGAAGCAACUGAAACGCAAAUAUAUGAAAAAGGAUAAUGUAAACCAAAUCCAUCCUUUACUCGAAGUGAAGGCCCCCUUGGACUACCAUACGCUUAUCGAUUUGUUGAACGCUGGCGUUCGCCAGUCACAACAGCAAGCGUUAAACACUAAAAUUCAGUCAAUGCCUCUCGUUAACGAUCAGAGAGAACCAUUCAGGAACAACAAAUCACAAAAAGGGAAGAAUCACAUUGACGUAAACGUAUCAACCGAAAAUAAACAAGCUGGCAAUCGCAAUUCAACAUCAAAGACUAAUUUACAAUUACUCCAACUCGGUCCAUUUGACACGCCAUCAAAACCAACGCCAACAAAGGACGUUACUCCAUUCACCCGAACUCAAACAUUAAUACACGAACAUGACAAUCGAUAUUCAACAUCAAGGACUAAUCUGCAAUCAUCAGCCCCGGGUCCCUCUGAAAAUCCACUCGAGCGAAUGUCAACAGGGGAUGCUACUCCGACCGCCCGAGCUCAAAAAACAACUCAAGAGCAGAAAGAUAAAGCGUCGCAUACAGAUACUGUGAUAACGCCUCUCUAUUCAAAUGUAUCAUCCGUUGGUGGACGAAUUCGCAAUAAUGUACUUGUUCCGACAGUUUAUACGUCUUUGCAACGCUCUAAGCCAUCAAUACACCAAGCAGAUUCACAGCUAGGUGCAGCAGUAUCACAAAAUUGUAACAAUACACUAGACAUAAUUACAUGUAUGUCAUCAUUUUCAUUGAGAGGUUUGUUUUCACUCAUGAAUCCUACCACAGAAAAUCCCCGAAAAGGACAAGAAGCCCAAGUCGAUACAUUGAAAACGAGACAAGUGAUCAUGUUGGCAAAUAUGUUUAAUAAAUCGCUGUCUCAGACAUGGAAAUUACUAAUACCUCAUCCAAAACUUGUAACUGUACUGGAAAGUCAAACCAAAAGCGAAGGUGUAUUUGAGACACAAAAAGAUGAGGAAACACUAAGGAUUUCAUCUGCUUCACCUCAAUGGUUACUAACGAAACUGAAAAAGAAGAAAGGAAAGGUUUAUACAGAAAGUGAUCAUCGACCGUCUGCCAUAGGGAUAGGAUCAUUUGGCGCUCUUGUCCUCGUCACAAUCGUCGUCGGUAUCAUCAUCUUAGACAGCCGUUCACUGUACAGAGAUAUCAGACGUUUGAAACGUAGCAUUUAUAACUUGUGUAAACCCGUCUACAAACACAAGUUGACUAUUUCAACAAGCAAUAAUAAAGGCGAGAAAUGGGCGUAUGUUAUUCACGAGAGGCAAGUGUGAUGUACAAGAAAUAGACCGAAUCUGCUACAAAGGUUCGAGAGGCCCUUACAGCUGUACGUGAUAUUUCAGACAGAUUGACUAUCAUCAAUAGGAAAGGACAGAUAUUAAAUUGGCGUAUUAGGAUGGUGUUCAUGAGAGGAAAGUGUGAUAUUUGACCAAAAAAAGACAAAAUUCAAACAUAAAUGGAUAGUACAGAUGUUGUUAGCAUCAGUAUUCCAGAAAAGAGAGAAAUGGCCGUAUGCUUUGUUUACGAGAAGCAAGUGUGAUGGACUUAAAACAUAUGAAUAGACAGAUUCUACCAGAGAUGAUGAAGACGGGAAAUAAAGCUAUUCUGAAAAAGGCUCUUACUUGGGUUUUUCGAAAUACAAAUGGACAAUUUAACCAUAAAUAAGACAACACGGCAAUGAACGUCUGAGGUAAACGAGAGGCAAACGAGAUGUAUAACAAAUAAAGUGACAGGAUCUACUUAAAACGAUCGAGGCGAGUGAAUGUUGUCCACGAGAACCACUUGUAUAUGGGAUUUUUCGACCUUGUCCACCAUUAAAAAGAAAUGGUAGAAAUAGGUGUAUGUCAUUCACGAAGUGUGGUGUAUACAAAAUGUAACAAAGAACAAGUGAUGAUAAAAUUGGACCGUGCCCACCAACAACCAUACAGGAAAAAACAUGGUACUAGUGUGAUCGACGAGAAUCGUAAUCUGUAAGUGGUGUACUUGUACAAUCACGACCUUAUACACAUAUCGAUAUUUCUAGGAUUUUCCCUAGAAGACUUGAUAUCAUUCCGCUAGCGAAAAGUAAACGCUAGAGUCGUGAUAUCCUUUUGGCCCUCGUCACAAAAAAACGGUGAUAUAUACACAAAUACUCAUGAAUAUUUGAAAUUAAAACAAGAAAUAUUUACUGGAACCAACUAUUUAUUACCAGCAAGAAGGCUUUAUUCGAAACGUGAUCAAUAAAUUUGGUCCUUCGAGCAUGUCUUUGUUAAUCAUAAAAUUACGUCUGUCUUAUUAUGAAAUUAUGUAUGGAUAUUUUUUGUCUGUUAAAAGCUUAAACAUUACUCAUACACUGCUUAAAUUUUCAAGACACGGAUUUAUUUAUCCGCCAUGUGAUAUUGAUAUAUGUUACAUAUGUGUUACCUGUCGCUGUAGAUAUAUUGUAA